UCCCGACUCCCCAGGUUCUCUUCCAGCAGUCGGAUGCUCUGCCGGAAUGCCUGGGAGAGAGAGCAUCCUCACUGUCAAUUGCUGAGAGCGAGAGAGAGAGAGAGAGAGAAAGAGAGAGAGGGAAGAAGAGAGAGAGGUCCAGCGGGGAAGAGGUGGAGGAGAGAGGAAGAGGGGUGGCGGUAGGAGAGAGGAGCAGACAUGGCUUCUAAAGAGAUCUCAGCCCCUGGUUCUGUCAAUGUGACCAAGGAUAUGACAGAGAGCAUCAGGAAGAUUAUCGAUAAAUCCUCCAUAAAGUUCAUUUGUAGCAUUAAGCUCGACACCAAAAACGGCAAAACAGAGGACAGGAUUCUGGUCCUCGCAACAUGGCGUCUCUAUUUCCUGGCUCCAAAGAUUCCAGCCAAGGUAGAAACCACGUUCAACUUCCUGGAGAUUCGCGCUCUGAAUUCUCACCCUGAUCACCAGGUUAUUAUCGACACUGAUAAGUCCGGUUACACCCUGAGGUUCGACUCCCGCGAGCACCUCAAUCAUGUGGUCAGCCAUAUUAAUUUCGCCCUGUCCCGAAUAUUCAACAACUCCAUCUUUGCCCCAUCCAUCUGUCACUCAGACAGCGACCUUUCGGACGGCAGCAGGAAGUAUUCGCCCAGCUCCGAGAGUUCAGUGGAAACCCAGAGGGCCUGUGGAGGCUUCUCGGAAACCUACGCCGCUCUGUGCGACUAUAAUGGCAUCAGCUGCAAGGAGGAAGUGCAGUGGGAUGUGGACACUAUCUAUCACUCCCAGGACAGCCGGGAGUUUAACCUGCUGGAUUUCAGCCACUUGGAGAGCAGGGAUUUGGCGGUCAUUGUUGCAUCAAUGGCGUAUAACACCUGGUUCACCAAACUGUACUGCAAAGACCUUCGCAUUGGAUCAGAGGUCACUGAGCAAGUCCUGCACACGGUCAGCAAAUCAUCGAGCCUUGAGGAGAUCACUCUGGAGAACGCUGGGUUAAAAUCAGACUUUCCUCUGAAGAUGGCCACUGCUCUAUCAGAGAACCCAGCAUCCGUCAUCCAUUCCAUUAAUUUGGCCCACAACUCACUGGACAACCAAGGUGUGUCCAGCCUAAUCCAGCAGGUGUGCCGCCUCAGCAAGGGACUCCGUCUCCUCAACCUGUCCAAGACUUCACUUAGCUCCAAGGUAAUUUCACCUUGCAGUACAUGCCUCUGCCCCUAAGUGACAUCAGCCAGGCGUACCGCAGCGCGCCAGAGAAGACAGAGCAGGCCCUCACUAAGAUCCAGCGCUCUCUGGUCAGGAACAACCAGACGCAGCGCUUUUCUCAGAGGCAGGCCCUGCGGCUGCACCAGGGCUUGGUCACCAGCACCGCCGAGCAGGUGAUGGAGCGCCUCUGUGUGCGUGUCCAGCAGCAGGUGUGUUUGUUACGGGGCAAAGGAGAGCUGGAAGAGAUCCAAGCUGCAAAGCAAGUCCUGAAAGAGGCCAGGAACUCUCGGGCUCUUUACCCGUCACUGUGUGAGCUGGCCCACGUGCUGUCCGUGGACGGGCCCGUGCGGCAGAGGUUGGACUCCCUGGCUGGGGAACUCGCCAAAGCUGCGGAUAAAGAGCUGCAGGUGAUCGUAGACUCCAUGGUGUCACUCUGCCGAGAGCUCUGUCCUUUAUCAUCCUCUGCAGCGGAGAGAUUAAGUCCUCCGCUCUCAUCUGUCUCCGAGCGCGUGUCCAUCCCUCGCUCUGCCAUCCGCACGGCCCUCAUGGAAAGAGCGGCGCAGGACAUCCACAGAGCUUUGGAAGAGGUAAAGCUGUCUGUUGUCUCCUAUCUCACCAACUCCAUUGUGGACCAAAUCCUCCAAGAGCUCUAUGCCACCCACAAGACCCUGACCCGGCAGGUGUCUCAUCUAAAAUGCUGGGAGGGGACGUGUGAAGAUGGGACUGCGUGGAGUUUUAACAGACACAGAGACUCCCUGGACAUCACAGAUGAAGAGCUCGGCACCAGCAUAGACACAAUUGCCAUUAAGAAGCGCAGCUCAAGAACGAGGAGAAUACGACCCGUCUCUACAAGGCUGAGCUUGUGCGACGACUCCAGCUCCUCGCCACCUCCCUCCGUGCCGUCGUACUCCUCGCCGCUGUCCCACUCAGCAUCCUGGGAGGGUUUAUCGGAGCUGCCUACGCAGGGUCUGCCUCUUCAUCAUGUGACGCGUGUUCGGCCGAGGCCUCCGAGGAGACACAGGGGAGGACAUAUCCCAGCUGAGACACCCUGCAGUGAAAAUGGAGGAAUAAGCCCUCUGGAUGAUGGACUCCCAGAUUUUUAUACAAAACGAGUUCUACCUGAUAGUCAGCUCACCACCCUGCACAAAGCACACUCUCUGAGGAGGAAGAAAAGGAGGAACAUGCUGGCCAUCUUCAGUUUCCGUAAGAACCGCAGCCAGACCUUGUCCAAUCAGGAGGCUGAGGCGGAGGUCUACGGAGACGGCUGUCACACUGUUGCCACAGCACCCACAGGGACAGCAAUGGAGAAUGUAUACACGCUUCUCCAGGCUCCGCGGCCGACUGCCAGGUCUCCCAGCGAUGGGGCUGAUGGGAAAAUGAAAGAUCAACAAGGGAAAGGUGCUCUUGUCCUGAGUCCGCCACCAGUGCCAGGUAUCCCUCACCCAGGCGCGGGAGGAGGAAAGCACCCCUUUUACUCUCCCAGAGAGGUAUCUGAAAUGGACGCCGUGUUUGAACAGCCGGGGGAGACGGACAAGUACUGGGCCGACGACAAACAGAGGACCGAAGUGUUGCAGGCGGAAGCGGACUGGAUGAUGGAGGCCCGGGCGGGCGACGCCCUCGCAGAGAGGCAACACUUUGACGACGCGCCGCAGGAGAAGAGCCUCAGAGAGCCGAGAACGUCCGACAGACCGGGCGACAGGUACUGGACCGAGAGCCGACACGUGGAGAGACAGUGGACCGUUGACAGACACACCCAGCGGCAGAUCGACAGGAAAAUAGAGAGGCAAUGGAUCGGCGGCAGGCAGAUCGAGAGGUCCUGGUCUGAGAGCAGACCCAUGGACUUGCAGGUCGACAAUCAGUGGACAGAGAGAAGACAUGCGGGGAGAAUGGCGGACAGACAAGUCCAGGCACUCCAUUUGGCUCAAAGGCCGCUGCCUCCGUACCCGUCGGACAGGACGCCGUCGCCCAAACAGGAGGGGGACCCUUUGAAAAGCACAGAGGCCGCAGCCAUAGAGUGGCAUCCGCAGGACCCGCAGGGAGACGGUGGAGGUCCCACAGACGGGUGGAGGGGCAGCGGAGAGGCAGCAGGGGGAGGAGGCGUCUCUGCCGGGCGAAAACCCGAGCCCCCGCCGCAGAGCAGCAAGCCCAACGUGUCCCGGCUGCGUCCGAGGCACAGGCGAGAGAGCUCAGACGCCCUGCCAGAGGAGGAAGGAGAUGAAGAGGGGGACGCCGGAAAGUUGGAGAUGAGAGAGAGAAGAAGAGAUUCGGAGGGUCAGCCUCCUCCCAUUCCUGAGAAGCCAAAGACCUCCUCCUAUGUGACCUUUUCUAAAGAAUCAGCUAAUGAAAGGAACUUACCUCCUCCUCCUGUGCCGCCUCCUGCCAACAAGCCGUUUCACGGGCUGCCAGACAGAGCAGCAAGUCAAGGUGACGAGGGACUGAGACCUCAGGCUCCCGUGAAACCACAGAGGAACAGAAAAGCGAUGUCCUGUGACGCAGGCUCUGAAAGAGAAAGCCCCAAUAACAUUGAGAAGCCCCCAAAUCGCAAACCCCCUGUGAAAAAACCUAGACUACCACAAAACAGAAAUAAGUCUCUGGACUUGUCUGACAGCUUCAACGCAGCGCCGGGUCACAGCGAGCUGGUGUGACGGCUGGCACUCCCAGGGUUGCCACGGCAACGGCCGAGGAUGUGGCGCGCGGGGGUCAAGAGGAAGACGACCAACGUCAAAGAGCAUCAUCGUCGUUCAUCUGUUUCUGUCGGGAACACUGCCGUCCGCUCGCCCUUCCGUCCAACUCGCCCGGCCUGUUUUAUUCCCCCGUCCCUCUCCCAGCCAAACCCGCUCAUGUCCUUUUGUGGAACAGUGUUCGCAACGUUAGAGAAGCAUACGGUCGUCGCCGUGCGUGUUUGCUGGACAGUGGGCCUAGCGUUCCAACGUCGUGGCUUUUUUUUUUUUUUUUUUUUUUUAGGCAGAAGAUGCGAGACUUUAUUAGAAUGUGAUUUGCAAUGCGUUUGAUCGUUGAUACAGUUGACCGCCUUGAUUGACACUUGAAAAAAAUUAGUUGCUUCUUAUCAAAUGAAACCCGAUGAUUUAUAUCUAGUUUUGCUUUAAGGAAAGGUAAUAUAUUUUCUAGAUGAAAUAAAUAUUAUGUAUGAGCACCCUCAUUGUAUCAAUUAUACACAAAUAAAAAAUGGUUGACUUCUUUUCCA